AUGCCAAGUACUGCGUCACGAGGCCGACGAUGGUCCAUUCUACAGACGGCCCCUGACCAUCGAUUGGAGGCCAGGCUGACGACCACUGUGGAACCAGGUUACAAUGGGACGCCACCGAGGUGCGCAGAAGCUUUUGCCGAUGGCCUUUGGCCCCUUAUUGUGCAAUCUGUGUGGCUCCACGCCUUGGAUGAAACAACUCGGAUUGAAGGAGGUGGACCGAAUCCUCUGCGCCGCCAAAGGCAACCCUCGUCUAUAAAGGAGUUGGCAAUCCUCCUCGAAAGCUCAAUCAGACAGAAACCUUUCAAUACCCCCUCUCCCUUCCCCCUCGCCCCUGCUCUGUAUCCCAAACCCCCAUAUCUCACCGCCCCAUUCUUAUUCAGGUUCAAAACUACAUCUGCAGGAUUCUUCUGGCUGUCCACCUUUCUCAACAUGUCAAGCACCAAUUUUCGCCUGGAAUCGUUUCGUCCAUGGAACCCUUUCCAAGACAAAGCUCAGCCAUUGCGCGAUCCCCCCGGUACUUGUCGCUACCCAAGUCCGGUCUCGAUCACUACCACCCCGCCAAGCUCCAAUUCUAGCGACUAUGGCUCAAAGAGCCAAAAAGUUCAUUCCCACAAACCUGAGCGACACCCCCUUCCUGCCCGCCCGCCGACGGAGGUCUGCUUAGAUGGGUUGGAUUCCGAGGCUCCACCCACUCGACGAGAAUCAGAGGGCUUGUGUCAGACACUUUCAGCUGUUAGUGACCCGGAGCCUCUCAACUUCGAGAACAUCUUGCAACCACAAAGCAUAGUUGGUGCCGAUGACGUCGCUUUUACAAGUUUUGCCGAUGAUAUCCAUUGGGAAACAGAGCAUCAGUUCCUCGACUUGGGGUUGGAUGACUCGGAUCCUGUCGAUUUUGCCCGUCAGCAUCCUCAAAGUGUUGAUCUUAGAAUCCCUACUCAGAAUGGAGAGCUUCUAAAUUUUGAAACUGUCGAUCCUGCAAUCCUUAAUGACCAUGCAUCUCCGGUUGCCGGACGGGCUCAAACAACUAUGAGUAUCGCCGGCAUCGCAACGCACCCGGAAGAAUGCCCCGCGGAGUCUAUUCGCUCUCAGAACAAAGUCUCAUCUCUCCAACGCAGACGGAAUUCAAAGGGGAUGGUGGACAGUGAAUGCCAGGCCUCAAAAAUAAAAAAAGGUUCGCGUACGAGAGAAAGGCAUACAAGAAUUGGCUCUACUCGGUCCAAGAAAAGUUCGGGUCAUCGUCAGAGCAUUUCUUUCACCACAGUCCGUGCCCAAUUCUCAGCCCUUUCAGUCGAAGACCGACUACAAUUCCUGUCCUGGCUUUUUGAGGGUGCGUUAACUCAUUGCGCUUCUGCGCCCUUGAGCGCCGCUGUUGCUUCUCCAUCAAACCAAUGUGACGGUAGAACCGACGACCGUGGUCAUACGAGCUUGAACACUGAAGUGACUGAUGCGCAGCACGCCUCUUCAAGAAAGGGACUAAAGUGGUCUGUGGAUGAAGAUCACCUUCUAAUGAAGUUAAGGGACGAGCAAAACCUCGCUUGGUCAGAGGUGGUCAAGCAAUUUUCACGAGAAUUCCCCGGGCGGAGCAAGGGGUCAAUCAAAGUGUACUACAGCACAACUUUGAAGAAAAGACGGCCAUCUUUCCCCAUUGUUCUUAUUGCUUGA